GUGAAUGGGCCCCGUCCUUCUUCACACACUCGCACGCGAGCGUCAGUCUCAGAGACUCUAUAUAACGACAACUGGCAGCUUGUCAACACACCAGCCGUAAUACACCGACCAGAAUGGAGGGUCUUCCUGUUGUGCUUGUAAUUUACACGCAAAUGGUGCUUACACUUGGGGCUGAUACGGUCACAGUAUCGAGCCCCGGAAAUGCUACCAAGGGUUAUCAGUGCGCUGAAGAAGGUACUUUUCCUGAUCCUGAUGACUGCCAUAGCUACUACCGCUGUACAAACACGCUUCAAGCUAAACAUGAAUCGUGUUUCUGGUGGGCAUACUAUCAUCCAAUAAGAAGAGGGUGCAGCGUCGGUGGGUGUUCUGUCCUGACGAAGCCAUCGCGAUUUGGAAUAUCAGCAGCGAAUGACACGAAUACUUCUGACGUACAAUUUCGUUGCCAAAAUUCCGGGCGAUUUGCUGAUCCCAAGGAUUGCCGCGGUUACUACAACUGUGACACGAACCUCAGACCUCAACGUUAUCUGUGUUUCUUUGGCUUUGGACACUAUGAUGUUGAAAAUAAUAUAUGUACCCUUGGCAUCUGCUAACAGUGCAUGAACUGUCUAAGUACAACCGCCUAACUAAAUGUAUUAAGAGUCCUGAUAGCUAAAGAAAUUCCAAAUAUUUCAUAGAACCCGAAGAUUCAUUACCGCGUUCACAAAUUCCAGCCACUAAUUCCUAUCAUGAGCCAGAUGAAUCCGGUUCACACGCUCCCAAACAAUUUCUUUGAGAUUUAUUUUAAUAUUAUCCUCCUAUCUACAUGUUGUCACCAAGCACGUUAACAGAAACUAUAUAUCAUCUAACUUGUAUCAGGAAGUUUCCAGGUUAGAAUCUGGACUGGGACACCGAACGUUUCUCGUGGUACACCUCAGUUCCUCAGGCAACGGCAGUUUAUUUCCCCACAUCCCUCCCAAUCGGUUGUUCACUUCCGUCCAAACAUUUUGCGCUACAUUUUCAGAGUUGUUGAGCAUGUCGUUAAAUAAACAACAAAUAUACAGAAAUAUGUACACCUA